AUGACCACCGCAGUUUCGUCGGGCGCCGAGGCUCCCCAACCAUCGCCUCAACGUGGCCAGGGCUACAGCUCCGUUUCCAGAUCUCAGUCAACCCGAUCCAGGCCCCAAACAUCAUCCGCAUCGGGAGCUCCAACACGCGCCGCGUCGCAGAAUCAUCACCACCACCACCACCAUCACACCAGCUCCACCUCAGGCCGCCCUGUCCAAGACGUCCUUCCUCACCGCGAUUUUGAGACCUCCAAUGUAGCCCAAUACUCGCAGCGAAACUCCAGCAGAGACCGCCCGCCCCCAAGUCGAGGCGAUUCUUCCUCCCGUCCACAACGACGCCCUAGCCAGCGCAACGGGCAGCCGGCCCAACCUCCCCCAGAGAUGACUCCCGCUAUCGUGAAUAACGCUGGGACCGCAUCGGCUUCCCAUGCUGAUGGGAGAACGUCCAGUUCAAAGCCGUCUAGGUCACGGACUACCAUCCCUACCCAGUCUGGCAAGUGGAUUCUGGGCAAGACGAUCGGUGCCGGCAGCAUGGGCAAGGUGAAGUUGGCCAAAAAGGAGGAUAGCGCAGAACAGGUUGCAUGCAAAAUUAUUCCCCGAGGUUCAACGGACGAUGGCCAUCACUCGCGAGCAGACAAGGAGCGGGCCGACCAAUCGAAGGAAAUCCGCACGGCGCGGGAGGCGGCCAUCGUUACACUCCUUAACCACCCGCACAUUUGUGGCCUGCGCGAUGUCGUACGAACCAACUACCAUUGGUACAUGCUCUUUGAAUAUGUCAACGGCGGCCAGAUGCUCGACUACAUCAUCUCCCACGGCAAGCUCAAGGAGAAGCAGGCCAGGAAGUUCAGCCGCCAGAUAGCGAGCGCCCUUGACUACUGCCAUCGGAACAGCAUCGUCCACCGAGAUCUCAAGAUCGAGAACAUCCUCAUCAGUAAGACGGGAGAUAUCAAGAUCAUCGACUUCGGACUCAGCAACCUUUUUGCGCCGCGCGGCCAUCUCAAAACCUUCUGCGGAAGUCUAUACUUCGCAGCGCCCGAGCUCCUCCAAGCCAGGGCCUAUACUGGGCCUGAAGUCGAUGUGUGGAGCUUCGGCAUCGUGCUUUACGUUCUGGUGUGCGGCAAGGUCCCCUUUGACGACCAAAGCAUGCCGGCCUUGCAUGCCAAGAUUAAGAAGGGCCUGGUGGACUAUCCCAACUGGCUAUCGUCAGAAUGCAAACACCUGCUCUCUCGAAUGCUCGUUACCGACCCCAAGCAACGAGCCACGAUGGCCGAGGUUAUGUCACAUCCGUGGAUGAUUAAGGGCUACAGCGGCAUACCCGAUAACUACCUCCCUCCGCGCGAACCUCUUACCCUACCUCUUGACCAGGAGGUGAUUACUGCCAUGACUGGCUUCAACUUCGGGCCUCCAGAGGUCAUCAAGGCUCAGCUAGCUCGAGUGAUCGAGUCUGAAGACUAUCAGAGGGCCGUGCGUCUUUUGCAAAAGGAGCGGGAACUGCCGCAGCCCACGAAAGACAUGGAGAAGAAGCGAGGGUUUGGAUUCGACUUUUAUAAACGGCGCAAUUCGACAAGCAGCAGAGAUGCGUUGACCACGCCCAGCGCUGAGGGCCUACAGCUCGGAGCCGAUCCGCUCAACGCCUUCAGUCCUCUCAUCUCCAUCUACUACCUUGUGCGAGAAAAGCAGCAGCGCGACGCUGCAGAGAUGCAUCCCGGCGGCGCCGCGCCGAAGGAGAAGGAAUCGCUACCUGAGAUAUCUCCGCCUCAGGAAGCACAUACCAAUGCAUCUGCCUAUGAGAUGCCUGGCGAGAAAGCCACAGGAGGCAGGACGAGGCCGCGCGCGCGAACCCAUGGCGAGGACGAUGCCCCUGAUGUAGGCAAGAGCUCGCCCAUGUCGCCAAACCUUCCUCAGGACCAGCACCCGGAGCCAGCCAAGAAGGAGAGCACCGCCGCCGGCAUUCUCAGACGAUUCAGCACCCGACGUCGCCCCAAGGAUCCUGAGCGUCUGGAAAAGGAUCGUUCGCAUCCGCCUGUCGUUCACGUGCACUCGCCGGUCGAACAACCUUCUGUGCCGCGGAAGAGCUUCAGCAUCAGGCGGAGCCGCCGAGACCGCGAUGAUGAUAAUUCCACGUCUCGCCUUCGGUCCGGCAGCAGUCAGCCACAGCAUAGUGAGCUUCUAAGCCCGCCACUAUCCGCAGGUGCCAAUACCUCCAGCUACAAGAAGGGCCUUGGCCGUUCGACCAGCGUGAACUCUGCCGAGUUCUCGAGGCGACGCAUGGGCGGCUCCGGUACCGCCCUUGCCAAGGACCCUCCUCCCACCAGCGGAUCUGACCAUUCUACUGUCAAUGAAAAGCCUGUUGGUGAACAUGCACGGGCCAUGAGCAGUCGGUCGGUUUCAAUGAGAGCCAAGCCGCUGGGUCAUGCUCGCAGGGAGAGCAUCCAGGCCCGGCGACUUCGAAGGGAGGAAGAGCGUGGACGCGAGGCCAACGUUCCUGAAGAGACUGAUGCCGAAGUGGGAGAGACUAGUGGAGUUUCAAACGAACGGCUGGCCGACUUUGACCUAGACAAGCCGGUCUAUCUCAAGGGUCUCUUCAGCGUCUCGACCACAUCGACUAAGCCCGUGCGGGAGAUUCGGGCCGAUAUCAGGCGCGUUCUGAAGCUCCUUGCGGUGGACUACACCGAAAUCAAGGGCGGCUUUACCUGCAUCCACUCGCCCAGCAUUGAUCUGAAGAAGGUCGCCGAUCCACCGCAAAGCCCUAUGGCGACGCCUGGCCACAAGCGACGCUUCAGCUUUGGCGGCUUGCGUGGUAGCGAGAAGGACCGCGAUGACGUGCGGGAUAAUGUUGAACGGGGUCCCACAACACCCCGUACUCCGGGCCAUCGUGCGGCAGAUUACUCCAACUCUGAUAUUUCCGAGGAUAGCGUCCAGGGAAUGGACAACGGAGAGUCUUCGCGGCGAAUGGCGGCUGGUGAGACGAGUACCCAUGUCCGGAAUGACAUGGGCGGCAACAUGGUGCUCGAAUUCGAGAUAUUCAUCGUCAAGGUGCCUGUCAUAUCGCUCCACGGCAUUCAGUUCAAGCGGCUUAGCGGCAACACUUGGCAAUACAAGAAUAUGGCAGACCAGAUCCUCAAGGAGCUGAGACUAUAG